AUGAGUAACUAUAAUAAAAAUGCUCAGAAUAAAGGGGGUUGUAUCUCUACAAAUAAACAAACUAUAGGAUCAAGUAAAAAUAUAGUUAAAGAACAGGAUCCUGGGAUUCUACUACAACCUAUAACUAAAUCUUUCAAACAAUCAAUAAUUAAUCUUGUAGGAGAUAAUUGUUUUAGUUUGAUAAUUAGUAUAGCAGCUGAUAUGAGUAUUGGUUCAGUUGCAGGGAUGCAUGAUGCUUUCAAGAUACAAGAAUUUUUGAAAGCUUGUUCAUGGACACCAAAAGAUAUAACUAUAAUAACUGAUGACUGUCAAGAAGGAGAAUAUAUAUUUCCAACAAAAGAAAAUAUUCUAACAACUAUGAUGCAAGUAGUAACUUUUCUGGACAUUGUGAAAGUGGUUAUAAUAAAAGUUCAAAAAAAUAUGAAACAAAAAGAGCCAGUACUUAUUGAUGAUGAUUUAAAACCUUUCUGGAAAAAGAACAUUCCUGAAUCUAAGUUACUUAUAAUAAUUGAUUCAUGUACAGCUGCUUGGAUCUUUAGGUUACCAUAUAAAUUAGAAUAUAGUAACAAUGGUGAGGUUAAAGUUGUGGAUCAGGAGUAUCAAAGUGUCAGAUCUCCUCAGACUGAGAAGAUGGGGCCUGGUAGUGUUAUUGUACUUACUUCAUCAGAACAUAACAAACCAUCAUAUACUAUGAAAUCAACACCUAAAGCUAACAAAAAGAAAUCUAAAAAGGAACCAGAACGACUUGAUCCUUCAAAGAGAACUUCACCUGGGCCUAUUGGAACUUUAACAUGGUUUUGGGAAAAGAUUAUUGUCCAGUUUGAUAAAUAUCUCAAUUUGAAGCCUGUACUAGUUCCACAUAUUCUUAAAGAUAAGUAUUAUAGGGUCGAUUUUAUAUUUGCUUUUGAAAGUCUUAGGUUUCAGAUGAAAUUAGAGGGUGAUUUGAAGAGAUUUAGCCAAGUUCCACAAGUGCUACUCAGCUACAAUCCAGAAAACUUAGCAGAGCUUACAUUCUCGUUUCUUAAAAUUGAUCCAGUUGGACCAGAUAGGACAACACAGGAUCUGUCUAGCAGUCAUCAACAGCAGAAGAGCCAUCCAAUCAACAUCCAACAGCAACCAGGAGACGAACAAUCACACUCACAGUACAGACAAGAACAACAAACACCAUCACGUCCUAGAACACCCCCUAAUUACAAGUCGCAAUAG